AUGGCGCAAAGCGGGGUUUUGGUCGAUUUCUUUAAGCCUUCCAGAUGGGCUCUCGAACGUGAAGAAACGACUUUCGCGAACAAUGGAUGGAGCAACAAGGACAUGGAUCCGGUACCUCUUCGUCUGAGAACAUGGACCACCUGGAAUUAUAUAUCCUAUUGGAUCUCCGAUGCUACCAAUCUCGCAGUUUGGGAGUUGGCUAGCUCCAUGCUUGCAAUCGGUUUAUCUUGGCGUCAGGCUUUGCCAUGUAUUGCGGUUGCAUAUGCGAUUAUCUCCGUAGUGAUGGUUUUGACCGGCACAAUAGGCGCUCGUCUCCAUGUUGCCUUCCCUGUAUUAAAUCGAUCGUCUUUCGGCUUCUGGUUCAGUUACUUCACUGUCUUCAGUCGCGUCCUGUUAUCCAUGUUCUGGUUCGGUAUACAGACAUACAACGGGUCGCAAUGCGUGUAUCAGAUGCUUAAAGCCAUUUGGCCUUCGAUUGCAAGGAUGCCCAAUCAAUUACCAGUCUCCGCGAAUAUUACCAGCUCUGGAUUUUUGUGUUACUUUCUUUAUUGGCUCAUCCAGCUUCCGUUUCUUUUCGUAACUCCUCACAAAAUCCGUUGGUUAUUCUUCGCAAAGGGUGUCCUCACACCCAUAGCAUGGCUUGCAAUGAUCAUAUGGGCAUUUGUUAAGGUCCCCGCCUCACAGGGCUUGUUUUCCCAGCAUGCAGCUAUCGAGGGCAGCAACUUUUCAUGGGCAUGGCUCAGCGCGAUGAACAGCGCCUUGGGAAUUUAUGCCAGUUUGUCGGUCAACAUUCCCGAUUUUACUCGCUACGCCAAGAAUGAACGAGCUCAAUAUAUCCAACCGUUCAUCAUACCCAUCGCAUUUACGCUGUGCAGCUUUGUUGGAAUUGCUGUGACUAGUGCUGGAAUACAGCUCUACGGCGAGGUCCUGUGGAACCCUCUUCUGUUAAUUGAUCGUUGGGACAAUCGGGCUGCAGCCUUUUUCGCCUCCUUUGUAUUUGCAUUGACUACUAUUGGUACCAACAUCAGCGCCAAUUCGCUCGGGGCGGGAAAUGAUAUGACAGCUCUGUGUCCCAAGUACAUCAAUAUCAGGCGCGGACAAAUAUUGUGUGCGAUUAUUGGUGGCUGGGCUCUGUGUCCAUGGGAGAUUCUCGCCAAUGCCACGGGGUUCCUGAGUUUUAUGAACGGAUACACCAUUUUCCUUGGCCCUUUUGCUGGUAUCAUGGUCACUGAUUUUUACCUGGUGCAUAAAGGCUGCGUCGACGUUCCCGCUAUGUAUGACCCUUCAGGACGAUAUCGCUACACUGGGGGAUUUAACUGGCGUGCAGUGCUGGCGAUGAUAGUAACUGUUGCCCCCACGCUUCCCGGCCUUAUCAAUGCGAUCAAUCCAGCUAUCAAGAUAGGGUACGCAACCCAUUUAUUUGACAUCGCGUGGAUGUAUGGGUUUAUUGUUGCAUCACUGGUGUAUUACGUUGCAUCGUACUUCUUCCCUGCUCAUGAUACCUUUGUUGAUGGCCUAAUCUCUGCGGACCACGUCCUGCCCAUAGACAAGCAAUACGACGAGGACAGGAAAUCUCCCAUAGAAACAAUGCAGAGUGGUACUGAGGGGCGAGGAUAA